GGUAUUGAAGCCUCCAGGAGGAGGUUCUAGUAAUCUCUUUGGGAGUACAGAAGAAGUCUCUUCUUCAAGCAGGCCACACCGGAUGGCAUCCAAUAUCUUUGGAGCAUCAGAAGAACCUCAAAACCUUCCAAAAAGAACAAACCCUCCAGGGGGAAAAGAAAGUGGUAUUUUUGAGGAUUCUAGUUCUGCUCAGCCUCGUCCACGCAUGAAUCCACCUGGUGGGAAGACAAGUGAUAUCUUUGGGUCUCCUGUAUCUACCAGUGUUGUGCGAGCACACCCAAACAAGCCUAAGGUAUUUGUACUACUUUCACUGUCAAACCUGGAAGCUAGCAGCUCAAUGGGUCAUCUUACAGUCUUGUCACAAUGCAAUGCCUGUAUUCUUUUUAAGAUGACAGACCUGAAUUAUGCAUAG